AUGCAGUUGAAGAAAGUAAUAACACUAUCAAGCAGCUGUACAGUCUAUGUGGGCUACAGGAAGACAAAGCACACAGCAACGCGCAGCCCGGCCACGCUGCCAGUUACGGUGCUGUCCGGGGAGUCGAGCUCCGGGUCUCCAUCGCCGCCGCCGCCGGCCGCUGGCGGCCGCUGGAGGUUGCGGUCGGCCGCCUUGCCGCUGGCGCUGCACAGGGCCACGCUCGACCAGCCGUCCCCGCAUGCCCACUUGCUCACACAGCGGCCCCCGCUCCUGCAGAGCCAGUCCACCGCCGGUCACUCGCCGUCACCACCACCCCCGCCGCCUCCGCCCCGGCUGGCCAUAAUCGACUUCAACCAGCUGACGCGCGGCGGCCUGGAGGCCGCCACAGGCAGGACGCGCCGCCGCCGUCGCCGCCCACGCACCCGUCCCCGCCACAGGAGCGCCAGCGCCAACCUCCUCGCCACUAUAGACGCUCCAGCAGUUAGAAAGGUCAUUAGUGUGGCAAGUCUCAGGAAACCAUGCCUGCAGUAUGAGCUGGCUAUAAGAGGACAAGAGAUAGAAGGGACUGUGGCGGAACUUUCCAGCGCCUACGUGCCUCCUUGA